AAACUACAUCAGUGCGAACGUCGCGCAUCAAUGACGUUUGUCGUGCGACAACAGAAGGUCAGACAUGGCUGUCUGCAGGAAAGGGCUCCACGAGUUUAUCUUUUCCUUGAGGUUAUUACGAAACUUGCAGUUUCAAAAUGAACGGUUUUUUUCAGCGUCUCUUUGUCGUUUUGUUGGUGUGGAUAACAGCGAGCCACCCAAAUUCACCCCUCCACCUAAACCAGUCAUUGUAGAUAAAACACGGACAGGGGCACCUUUGCGAACGUUUCUGAGCCCAGAGUUCAUCCCUCCCAGACAAAGAAUAAACCCUUUAAAGUUUUUCAUUGAGAGGACGGAUAUGAUCCGCAGGAGGAAAGUGCUCGACAUCCCUGAAUUCUAUGUAGGGAGUAUCUUAGGGGUGACCAUGGCCGACCCGAAUGCUAGUGGGAAAGUAAACCGUUUUGUUGGCAUCUGUAUCCAGAGGGGUGGAAAGGGGCUGGGAGCUACAUUUGUCCUGAGGAACAUCAUUAAUAGCCAAGGUGUGGAGAUCUGCUACGAGCUGUACAGCCCUCGGAUCCAGAAGAUUGAGGUGCUGAAGCUGGAGAAGAGGCUGGAUGACAACCUGAUGUACCUGAGAGAUGCUCUGCCUGAAUACAGCACUGUGGAUCCAGACAUGAAGCCUGUGCCCUUCUCCCCAACUGAAGAGGUGCCAGUCAACACGAUCAAAGUGAAGAUGCGUCCAAAACCGUGGUCUAAACGAUGGGAACGACCCAAGUUCAACAUCCAGGGCAUUGCCUUUAGCCUGUGCCUGACCCCAGAGAAGAUGGAGCAUGCGCAGAAGUGGGCACAGCCCUGGCUGGAGUAUGACAUGCUGAAGGAGUACGACACGACCAAACUAGAGGAGGAGAUCCUCAGGGAGGUCCAGAAAGAGAUGAACAAGUGUGAAAGGGCCUCCUAAAAUUCAAAUGUUCUUCAGUUUUACUAUCAGCACAGACUUUCCAGGAAUGCGUAAAGACUUGAGUAUGAGGUUUGCAUGGACGUGGGCCUCUCUGCUCGACUGUGAUCAGUGUUUCACCCAGAUGGUGGAGUGUGCUUUGUGUUUGUCUUAUCUUUCAGUCUGCUGUACAAUAUGAGUUCUAUAUUUGGCUUUAGGUAUGACACUUAUCAUUAUGCACACACUUAAAUGGUUUCUAUAAUAAAAGCUAUUAAAGCUUUGGAGUUGCAUUAUUGUAAAUCUUGUUUCUCUUGACUAUUAUAGUUUUUGUCUGAACACUAGGUGGCGCUAUGUCUCUGCAUCAAUCUUUGUGUUCUCCUUGUUUUGAGGGAAACUCCUCUUAUGCUAAAUAAACCAUGUAUUAUUUCAGUUAAA